GGAGAACGAAAUGUGACUGUUGAGUAAACCUCAGAGCCAACCCACUUUAUAGCGCAAGUCAAAAAUGCUGAUCGCAAUCCCGGAGUAGAACGACAGCAAGCAGAAAAAAUGUAAAUGGAACCACCACAGCCUGAAAACUGCUGACAGCCCCCAACCAGAGGGCAACUUUGGAGCAUAGUAAUGACCAGCUCUUUUUUAAAAUGGAUCAUACAAUGACGCUUUGGUUUCUGGUCUUGGUGAUCUUAAGUCCCACAUGGCUAGUCUGGCGAAGAAGGGCCGCCAAAGUCACUUCCGCAACGAAGUUUUUGUAUCUAGACCGUCACAUUGCCGAACGCAAUCAGAGUUGGGCCCACCGUCUCCCAAUAAACUUCUAUUCCGAAUGGAACCAGCAGUACUACAGGAGAUUUCGUCGACACGCUGGCAUGAUGGUCUUAUGUGGAACAGAAAUUCGGCACCAGCACCCAUUCGAAUAUGCUCGAUUUGUCUGA